AUGGCGAGUCUCGAAAGGCGAAGACAGAUAAGGUUCCGGCUCUGCACUGAGUGCCAGUCGACCGCCUACUGCUCCGUCGAGUGCCAGCAGACCGACUGGCGUCCCCAUCGCCUGCUUUGCAAACAGUUCCGCCGUAUGGGGCCCCGGCCUUCGCCCUCGCACCACCUCGUCGUGUACUUCCCGAUGGAGGUGGACCGCCCGACCCUCGCUUGGGUAGGCACAACACUAGCGGAGAGAGGCGGGGGGGGUUCCUAUUACCUUCCUGUCCUCGAUCACCUCCUCACGGUGCCGGGCAACAACUGUAAUAUAGGGCGCAGCGUGCAGGUCGUCCAGGGCAACCUGCUCCGCGGCAGACCGACGAACCCGUACAUUCUCCACGUCUACUACCUCGACGACCUAGGCAUCCGUAACCUCGUCACCAACAAGGCCCUCCACGGAACUGUCCCUCCCCUGGUCGGGGAUACGUGGGGCGAGACCAUCUAG